ACUUGUCACGUUUCUGCAUCAUCAGAUUCCACCAAUGCAUGCCAACACUACCACGCAUGCCUUACACUUGUCACAUUUUUGCAUAUUCAGUUUACUUGAAAAAGAGUAUAAAUAGAGGGUCAUUCUUGCAAGUUUUCAUCUACCACUAACACUUUUAUUCAGAGAACUCAGGCGAAACUUCUCAUCCACCAAGCUUCUUCCUACAUUGCAGUCAUGUCGCUUCUUACCAUGGGCCAAGAACACAGAGGAACUAGGGCAAACAUUGCCUCAUUCGUAAGUUUUUCUUGAACAUUGCCUCUUUCGUAUGUUUGUAGUUAGUUUUUUAAAAGUCCAAUAUAAUAAUUUUUUAUAUUGUUUGUUUUUAAAGGAUCCCAAGAAAUUUCGUCAACGUUCACACCCAAUGCCUUAUCCAGACCCAUGGUGCGUACCUUACAUAGAGCGUGCGGGUUUCGGUCAUGUAAUGCAUGUCGUAAAUGCCACCAUUGAUGCCAAAUUCAUUUUGGCUCUGUGUGAACGUUGGAGACCUGAGACACACACCUUUCACCUACCAACUGGUGAAUGUACCGUCACAUUAGAGGACGUGUACAUGCUUUUAGGUCUUAGAAUAGAUGGUAAGCCUGUCACCGGAAAUGUUCAACAGCCUAACCAAAUAUGUGUUGAAAUGUUGGGGGUAGAUCUGGUCGAGGGUGAGGGGUCUGCCAAAGCAAGGGGUCAGGGUAUUAAAUUAUCUAGCCUACAAUUGUACCACGACUCCAUAACUUUGACUGAGGAAUCCUCCGAACAAGAAAAAGUCAUAAAAACCCGGGUUUACAUUAUGCUAUUGUUUGGGAACUUGCUAUUUCCCGAAGGGACGGGAAAUAGCAUAAAUUUUAUGUACUUGAGUUUGCUCGGGGACAUUGAUAGAAUAAGCACAUAUAGUUGGGGUUCUGCAGUAUUAGCAUUCCUAUAUAGCUCUUUGUGUAAAAAUGCACAAAAUGAGCACUGUACAUUUUCUGGAUGUUCUUUUUUGCUUCAAACAUGGGGGUGGUGGAGAUUGCCGAGGCUAGCCCCAGAAAAUCCUAAUGACUACUCCUUCCCCUACGCAACUAGGUUCAUUACAACCGGACUGGAUUACAGUCUUACCCCCAAAAAUAAAAUUAUAUUUUAUCGUCAACUGUUGGAUCGUCUCCGAGCACAGGAUUUUAUUUGGAGGCCAUAUUUGGGAUUGGAACAUCAACCAAACCCCGAAGAUGCAGCUGUUUGGACAGCAAAAACGGCCAUAAUGCGGUUCACCACUGUGGAGAUGCACCAAAGUGACCGUGUCAAGCUUCAAUUCGGAAUGCAUCAAGACAUCCCAGGCCCCCCAAUGUCCAUGGAACCUUGGCAUCUAAAAAAAGUCAGCCACCAGUGGUAUGCCCAAAAUUGGAAGGAAUUUGCUAAGGAGUUUCGAAAAAUGUGGAAAGACCGUGCCCACUAUGUUCUACAAUUUCCGGUGGCGCCCAACGAAAUGAAGCCGACAAGGGAAUAUGUGGAAUGGUAUAGAGCAAAUACCAAUCCAGAAAUGAUUGUGUCUGACCCGUUCUAUUUGGACGAUCCCCGGAUGCAACAGCCAUAUUUCCAACAACAACAACCACCACAGUAUUCCCAACAACAACAACCACCACCUUAUUACCAACAACAACAACCACCACAACCAUUUUACCAACAACAACCACCACCACCUUAUUACCAACAACAACCACCACCACCAUAUUACCAACAACAACAACCACAACACAUGUCCACCCCCCAAGCAAAUCAACAAUACAUACCACAAACUCAAUCUCAAUACCAUGAAGACUACCAACAACAAACUCAACAUUCCCACCACCAUCAACAGUCCCAACACCUACCACAAUAUCAAUCCCCCUACUUCCACCAAUCCCAACAAUUCCAACACGGCAAUUUCCCAAGCUCUUCCAGUCCUCCACCUAGCCCCGACACGGGUAUACAAGAGGACUACCAACAGGACUACUACACACCACAACAAACAUUGCACUUUGGCCAACCCGAUUCAACCCUAAACUACCAAAGACCACAAUUCGAGGGCGCACCCAGCAGUAGUCAGUUUGUCCCACCGAGACAAAGCUUCGAGGGCGCAGAGGGGACCCGUCUUUCCUACAGCACUGAAGGGACUUCGACCAAACCACAACGGCAAGCGGCAAGGGGGCGCGUUAGGGCAAGGGGUGGUAAUAGGGAAGCACCACCACCACGUGAACCGUCUAGGCGAGUAACUAGACCUCCCCCGUGCGGAUCGUACAAGGGACCGCAUCAUAUGUGAUUAAUCAUAUCUUUGUAAUAUUUGCCUUGUUUAUUAUUUAAAUAAAAAUAUUUUCUGUUUAUUA